GCGGAGGGAGGGGGCGGUGACGGUGAGGUGGACGGCGGCGGCGGCGAUGGUGAGGCGGACGGCGGCGGCGGAGACGGUGAGGCGGAGGGAGGCGGCGGCGAGGGCGACGCGGACGGCGGCGGCGGCGACGGCGAUGCUGAGGGCGGCGGGGGCGACGGCGAUGCCGAGGGAGGCGGCGGCGACGGCGAGGCGGACGGAGGCGGCGGCGAGGGCGACGCCGAGGGAGGCGGUGGCGAGGGCGAGGCGGACGGAGGUGGCGGCAACGGUGAGGCGGAGGGAGGCGGCGGCGAGGGCGAGGCGGAGGGAGGCGGCGGCGAGGGCGAGGCGGACGGCGGCGGCGGCGAGGGCGAGGCGGAGGGAGGGGGCGGUGACGGUGAGGUGGACGGCGGCGGCGGCGAUGGUGAGGCGGACGGAGGCGGUGGUGACGGUGAGGUGGAUGGCGGCGGCAGAGACGGUGAGGCGGAGGGAGGCGGCGGCGAGGGCGACGCGGACGGCGGCGGCGGCGACGGCGAUGUCGAGGGUGGCGGCGGCGAGGGCGACGCGGACGGCGGCGGCGGCGAUGGCGAGGUGGAGGGAGGCGGCGGCGAUGGUGAGGCGGAAGGAGGCGGCGGCGAGGGCGAGGCGGAGGGCGGCGGCGGCGAGGGCGAGGCGGACGGCGGCGGCGGCGAGGGCGAGGCGGACGGCGGCGGCGGCGAGGGCGAGGCGGAGGGAGGGGGCGGUGACGGUGAGGUGGACGGCGGCGGCGGCGAUGGUGAGGCGGACGGAGGCGGUGGUGACGGUGAGGUGGACGGCGGCGGCGGAGACGGUGAGGCGGAGGGAGGCGGCGGCGAGGGCGACGCGGAGGGAGGCGGCGGCGACGGCGAUGCCGAGGGAGGCGGUGGUGACGGUGAGGUGGACGGCGGCGGCGGAGACGGUGAGGCGGAGGGAGGCGGCGGCGAGGGCGACGCGGAGGGAGGCGGCGGCGACGGCGAUGCCGAGGGAGGCGGUGGCGACGGCGAGGCGGACGGAG